AAAUGCUUUUUGGGUCAUUUUUUUGCAGGCAGGGUCACUUGUCCAUGGUUGUGCAUCUCAUGAAGUAUGGUGCAGAACCAUCACUGAUUGAUGGAGAAGGCUGUAGCUGUAUUCACCUCGCCGCUCAGUUUGGUCAUACUUCUAUUGUUGCAUACCUGAUUGCAAAGGGGCAGGAUGUAGAUAUGAUGGACCAGAAUGGAAUGACACCAUUGAUGUGGGCAGCUUAUAGAACGCACAGUGUGGAUCCCACAAGACUGUUGCUCACAUUUAAUGUGUCAGUGAGUCUUGGGGACAAGUACCACAAGAACACAGCAUUACACUGGGCAGUGCUGGCAGGAAACACCACCGUGAUCAGUUUGCUGCUAGAGGCUGGGGCUAAUGUAGAUGCUCAAAAUAUCAAGGGUGAAACACCAUUAGAUCUUGCUAAACAGAGGAAAAAUGUUUGGAUGAUUAACCAUCUACAAGAAGCAAGGCAAGCAAAAGGCUUUGACAGUCCUUCUUUCCUAAAAAGGCUGAAGGCAGACAAGGAAUUUCGUCAGAAGGUGAUGCUGGGAACUCCAUUUUUAGUGAUCUGGUUGAUGGGAUUCAUUGCUGAUCUUGACAUUGAUUCCUGGUUAAUAAAGGGACUCAUGUAUGGUGGAGUCUGGGCAAUGGUGCAGUUUCUGUCAAAAUCAUUCUUUGAUCACUCUAUGCACAGUGCACUGCCUCUUGGAAUCUAUCUGGCAACCAAAUUCUGGAUGUACGCUACAUGGUUCUUCUGGCUGUGGACUGAUCUUCCUGUUCUGACAGUUCACCUCCCAUUUCUUGUCAAUAGUGUAGGACUGUUCUACAAUUUUGGAAAGUCAUGGAAGUCAGACCCAGGAGUCAUUAAAGCCACAGAAGAGCAGAAGAAGAAGACAAUCGUGGAAUUGGCUGAAUCUGGGCACUUGGACCUCAGCAUAUUUUGCAGUACCUGUUUG